CAAGAAACAGAUCCCCAUUCAUAACCCCUACCAUAAAUCCCUCAAUUGGAUUUCCUCCGAUUCUGCUCCAUCUAUCGCAGCAAUGCCCACUCUAAUUGCUCGCAACUUGAGCAAGCUAUGGACCGGAGUAGUAAAGACCCCAAUCAUGGCGAAUCAACGGAGUUCCUACAGUUUGAUACCCAUGGUGAUUGAGCACUCAUCGCGAGGAGAGAGAGCCUACGAUAUCUUUUCACGCCUCCUCAAAGAGAGAAUCAUAUGUAUCAACGGACCUAUCGCCGAUGAUACGGCACAUGUCGUCGUUGCUCAGCUUCUCUUUCUUGAAUCCGAAAACCCUUCCAAACCCAUCAACAUGUACCUCAAUUCCCCUGGAGGAGCCGUCACUGCAGGUCUUGCAAUAUAUGAUACAAUGCAGUAUAUUCGUUCUCCAAUUAAUACUAUAUGUUUGGGUCAGGCUGCCUCAAUGGGUUCUCUUCUCUUGGCUGCUGGUGCAAAAGGAGAGAGGAGAUCUCUUCCUAAUGCCACUAUCAUGGUCCAUCAACCCUCAGGUGGAUACAGUGGGCAGGCUAAAGAUAUGACUAUUCACACUAAGCAGAUUGUUCGAGUUUGGGAUUCACUCAAUGCACUGUAUUCAAAGCAUACUGGGCAGCCUGUCGAUGUAAUUCAGAAGAAUAUGGAUCGAGACUACUUUAUGACCCCACAAGAGGCAAAGGAGUUUGGUAUCAUAGAUGAAGUCAUAGAUGAGAGACCAAUGACUUUGGUGACUGAUGCUGUAGGGAGUGAAGGAAAGGGGAAAGUUUCAGAGUAGAAUCUGAAUGUAUCCGAGUAUGGGAAUGUGUACAUCUUCCCUACUUAUAUAGCAAAAGUUGACUUUGACACCCUGCUGAUUCAAUCCGUAAACAAAAUCCAGUUCUAUGCCUUCAUCUUUUGCGGCUUUGAUCAUUUUGAACAGAAUCGCGUAGUUUCUUGGCAUUCUCAGUAAGUUCUAUUUUUCAGAUAAACCUACUUUAUGGAUACUGUAUAUUCAUGAAGGGAGAUCUUAAAAUUUUAUUUCAUUUUGCUUAUACUUGAAACUUAAUAUUAGUACCAUCGCCACACAACUUUGCUUCU